UCAGUCUCUGUCUAACCAGUCUGACCUGGAGACUGUGGUGAAAACUCUGGCUCCUGCCCUACUGGUUGAAUUGGCCAAAAUGAAUUCCUCUGCAGCGUCAUCAUCAUCAUUAUCCUCCUCUUCGAAAGGAGGAAAACGCUCACCCCCUCAUUCUGCUGGAGGAAAGAAGUCAUCCUCUGCUGCUUCCUCCUCUUUGACGACAGCAAAGAAGAAGGAGCCGACUAAAGGGAAGCCGACUGCACAAAAGCCUGAGACCAGUUCAUCCGCAAAGAAAGCCUCAGUUCCAACUCAAGUGUGGAUCGGCGGGUUGACUGACAAACUUUCUCAUGAAGAUGUGGCGUCUGCUGUGGAACAGUUUGGAAAAACAAAAUCAUUCUUAUUGUUUCGCCCCAAACAACAGGCAAUGGUGAUGUUUGAGAAAGAGCAAGACGCCAAGAAACUGAGGAGUGCAAAGAACUUCCAAAUUAAAGGACAUUCAGUCACUAUAAUCAAAGAGAAGGGAAGUGUCUCAAAGGAGGAGAAGUCACCUUGUACUGAAUCUAAGCAGCAGAAAGCGCCGCUUCAGAAAUCUGCCAGUGCCAGCAAAUCUUCCACCAGUACAACUGCAUCCAGCACCACUAGAAAGGCUGCCAGUACAUCUGCUGCAGCAGGAAAAGUCUCAGUUAAAGGCCAAGGGACUGUCACUGGAACAAAAGUCGUGGUUUCUAAAGUUAAAAAAGGCCCAACCAAAGUGGUAGCUAAGAGUGAAGCGUCUGUGAAGACGGACAUUAAAAAGGCUGCGGUUAAACCACCAUUAAAUGAAGGUGGAAACAGACCUGCCAAGACCCCAGAAGGUAAGUCAGCUGCAGCAGGAGCAGGAGCCAAACAGAAGGUGAAGGAAACAGCUAGCAAGGGUUCAAGGGAUGCAGGUUCUGAGAUAAAGGCCUCAAAGUGUGAAGGGUCUAAAACACCAAAACACACAGCUAAGGCUCCUGGAACAGGGAAGAAGACAGUUCCUAAACUGGAGGCCAGAGCAGAGCCCGACAAAACCAUCGUUGAGACAAAACAUCCUGAACCCAUGGAGGUUGGAGAGAUGAGAGUUGAGUCCACGAAGGUCGAAAGUAGCACGGGGGUGACGGAGGCAAACGCAGCUAUUCCAGAGGCUGUACCAGAAAAUUCCACAGGAAAGUCUACUGAGAGCCAAGAGUCUCCACCUACACCUAGUACAACAGCACAUACUGAAUUACCUGCAAAGGGUAGUACUCAGCAGCCUCAAACUGCCACUGCAGCUCCAGAGAACAUUGUUCUACAACGUAAGGACCAAACAGAGGCGUCACAAAUUCAACAGCGGGCUGCAGACGUCCUCUCUGAAGCUACUAUGGAGACAAACCUGCAGGAAGAUUCUACUCUUUCAGAGAAAACAGAAACAAAUGUACCAAUAUCUGAGGUUGCUUCCAAAACCAAGAUGCUGGAUAUGGAUGCAUCAACAGUUGAAGUCACCCCCCCAGUUGAAAAGACAGAAACAAAAGCUUCAACAGCCAAGGUCACCUCCACAGUUGAAAAGACAGAAACAAAAGCUUCAACAGCCAAGGUCACCUCCACAGUUGAAAAGACAGAAACAAAAGCUUCAACAGCCAAGGUCACCUCCACAGUUGAAAAGACAGAAACAAAAGCUUCAGCAGCCAAGGCCGCCUCCACAGUUGAGAAGACGGAAACAAAAGCUUCAACCGCCAUGGUCGCCUCCACAGUUGAGAAGACGGAAACAAAAGCUUCAACCGCCAUGGUCGCCUCCACAGUUGAAAAGACGGAAACAAAAGCUUCAACCGCCAAGGUCGCCUCCACAGUUGAAAAGACAGAAACAAAAGCUUCAACUGCCAAGGCCGCCUCCACAGUUGAAAAGACCGAAACAAAAGCUUCAACAGCCGAGGUCGCCUCCACAGUUGAAAAGACAGAAACAACAGCUUCAACAGCCAAGGUCACCUCCAUAGUUGAAAAGACAGGAACAAAAGCUUCAACAGCCAAGGCCGCCUCCACAGUUGAAAAGACAGAAACAAAAGCUUCAACCGCCAAGGUUGCCUCCACAGUUGAAAAGACAGAAGCAAAAGCUUCAACAGCCAAGGUCACCUCCAUAGUUGAAAAGACAGAAACAAAAGCUUCAACAGCCGAUGUUGCCCCCACAGCUGAGAAGAUGGAAACAAAUGCUUCAACAGCCGAGGUCGCCUCCACAGUUGAAAAGAUGGAAACAAAUGCUUCAACAGCCGAGGUCGCCUCCACAGUUGAAAAGAUGGAAACAAAUGCUUCAACAGUUGAGGUUGCCUCCACAGUUGAAAAUACUGAAACAAAUCCUUCAACAGCCGAGGUCGCCUCCACAGUUGAAAAGACAGAAACAAAAGCUUCAGCAGGCGAUGUCGCCUCCACCCCUGAGGCCAUGGCAGAGCCCUCAGCGUCCACAGCUCCUGCAGCUGCCAAUUCUCCUCUGACUGUCGGGGAAAUGUUGCACAAGGACCUGCGACAAGCGAGAUUUGUGUGCCUUAAAAUCAAAAGCAUCUUCAGCCCAAACUUUUUCUCCAAUACGGAGCGGAGGCAGCUGCUAAUAACUGGCCUUCCACUGUACUUCGAUGGCUGCUACACAGAGGAUGACAUCGCCAAACUGUUCAAACCUUUUGGAUUUCAGCAUCAUCAGGACACCAUCUAUGUUUUUCCUCAGUGCCAACUGGCGUUGGUUAUGAUGCCGACUAUCCAAUGUGUGCACAAGGUUAUGAAAGCCUUCACCAAGAAUAGACGCAAAUUGAAAGGGAAUUUAAUUACAACACACGUCAUAGAAAACAGAAUCUCUAUGACUCCGAUUGGAUUUUAUAAAUCACUAAUGAAGCGGAUAAAGUUUCAAUGUUCUGAUGAUGAUGAAAGCAUCAUCUACAUCAAAAACAUUUCACCCAGUCAGAUCAAGGAGCUCAGGGAAAAGCUGUGGAAAAUCGACUCUGUCAAAAACUUCCUUCCCCUCCUUAACAAGGUGUUUGUAGAGUUCGAGUCGAGCCGUGACGCUGAUCGGCUGGGAGUUUGGCACAGCUUCCUGAAUCAGACACCUCCCUAUGAAAUCCACCGUCUGAUGCAACCGCACGGCAUAGUUCCUGCACUUCCUCCCAGACUCACGGCCAAAGCCAUCCCAGACAGCGCCAAUGCUGUUCCGGGGGUCGUCAUCCCAGGAGCCAACUUUGGGAUUCCACAGGGAAGCAUUUGUCCGUUUUGGAUCCCCAUGACGACAAGAUCCUUCCUGUUCCCGACAAUGUCUCCAUGGUUCAUCAUCCCAAAUUUCCGGACAGUCAAGAAAUCAGAGGACAUUUAUAAGAUGAAACAUUGUUCUUCACCUACGAUCAUGCUGACGGGUUUACCAGAAGGAAACUAUAGUCACCUGGACAUCGCAAAGCUGGUCUGGCCCUAUUUUCCCAAACAGACCCUUCAGUCGCUGCUCUACAACAUUAUUGUACUGACGCUGCAGAGGAGGGCUUUUGUGCAUUUUUACAGCUGGUUGAAAUGUUUGGAUUUUGUCCGAGAACACAUCGCAAAUCCGAUCUCUGUGAAAGGUGCCCCACUGUCUGUCCACUUCGUCCUGCAGAACAUGAGUCCUAUAUACAGCGAGGAGAACAUGUACAAGUCCCUGACAAAGCUCAGUAACACUGUGAGUUCCAUAUUCAGUUCUUAUUGGUCCACUGGCAGCAGCUGGGUCACAGUCCCUGUUUAA